UGCAUGUAUGUAUGUGUGGGUGCAUGGGAUGAUGUGGCGAAGCUGUUCAUACUCGAAUGCGAACAUAAGCCCCCGUCGGAAAUUCUCUCUCUCCUCAUACAGUCGUCAGUUGCCUCUCGGAAGAGUUCUAGUUCUAGGGUUUCUGCGUACUUCCUCUCCCAGAAUCUAGGGUUUGAACAAUCAUUCCCAUAAUCAUCUAACCAAUGCAUUCAUCUUUUUGAUUUCGCCUUUAAAACUGCUUCCGACUGGUAGUGUUUAAUCUCUUUAUCUAUUCCUCUUUCUCGAUUAAAAGAGCCUUGUUGUGAACGAAGCAUAGAAGCUAAUCAGUCAUGGCGAAGACGAAACCGGGGAAGAAGGACUUAGAUUCCUACACAAUCAAGGGCACCAACAAGAUCGUCAGACCGGGAGAUUGUGUUCUGAUGCGUCCCUCAGACUCAGAUAAGCCGCCUUAUGUUGCUCGAGUGGAGAAGAUCGAAGCAGAUAACCGGAACAAUGUGAAGGUACGGGUGAGAUGGUACUACCGACCGGAGGAGUCGAUUGGAGGGAGGAGGCAGUUCCAUGGAGCCAAGGAGUUAUUUCUAUCGGACCAUUAUGAUGUGCAGAGUGCCCACACUAUUGAGGGGAAGUGCACUGUCCACUCUUUUAAGAAUUACACCAAACUUGAGAAUGUUGGUGCUGAGGACUACUUCUGCCGAUUCGAGUACAAAGCUGCUACUGGGGGAUUCACCCCUGACCGAGUUGCAGUGUAUUGCAAGUGCGAAAUGCCUUAUAAUCCUGACGAUCUCAUGGUUCAGUGUGAAGGAUGCAAAGACUGGUUUCAUCCUUCUUGUAUGGGCAUGACUAUUGAACAAGCAAAGAAGUUAGAUCACUUCUUAUGUUCUGAUUGUUCGUCUGAUGAUGAUGCUAAAAGAUCCCUGAACACAUUUCCUCUCUCACCACCUGUUGAGCUCAAGAUCUGGUCGCAUUUCUUGACACUUUUCAGCCGUCAGUGGGUUACAAGAAAUAGCAGGACUUUUUUAAACAAAGAGCUCUACAAGAGGGAAGCUAUUGGCAAAAUUGAAAGGACUCUUGUAUGAUGGGUUAACAUUCUCAAACAAUUUGCUGAUAUCAAGCAGGAACACUUCAAUAGCCAGUGGAGCCAAAGCGCCGGAAGAGAUGACCAAUCAAUGAAGAGGCUGUGGUGCAUGAUGAGGAGGUACUUGUUUUCUUGCAUGUUUGCUCUUCAUUGGUGUCUAGUGUCAUGUGGAAUUGUACAGUGCAGAGAACAUACUGUGCUUGCACAAACUGGAGGCUUUUCUUAAUUUAUGUGCUUUUAACAUUAUAUUGUAUGUGUGUGCACCGUAGAUUUUAGGAGCUGACUUUAUGAAAUUGUGUUGUCUCAUGUGUACACUCUGCAAAGUAUAACACUCUUAUUUAAGGACAA